AAGAAAGUCUCGUGUAUUCUUUCUGUCGCUUGACUGUGACGUCAGCGCUGUCUCCCGCACCACAUGUGUUUGAAAUGGUUGAAUUUUCUUCAAAACAUAUUAUAAUUAACACGAAAAUAUAACAUAUACAUGAUAAGAGUAACUGUCUUCAUUGUACGGCUGUAAUCGUCACUUUUAAGUUAUGGCUUUGCUGGAGACGAAUAAAGAUAAAACAGACCAAGAAACACAAGCCAUGGUCACUGAUGAAGAGUUAAAUAAAGAAGGUGAUGGUGAGGAGGAGAAAGAUGAUGGCGAAGAAGUUGAUGGUGAGGAGGAGAAAGAUGAUGGCGAAGAAGAUGCUGAUCAGGAGAUGAGUUGUGAAGAUGAAGCUGUCGAUCUGGACGCUGAUGAUGAUGAUGGGUCUGAGAAACCAAAGAAAAAAUGUAUUCCUGGUAUAGUGUAUUUGGGACACAUUCCUCCUAAAAUGAGACCAAAACAUGUAAGGAACAUGUUGGGUUUAUAUGGCGAAAUUGGACGGGUAUUCCUACAACCUGAAGAUCGCUGCAUUAAAAGAAAGAAAAAGAAAGCAGGAAGCAAUUCUUCUAGUUUCACAGAAGGAUGGGUGGAAUUCAGAGACAAACGCAUCGCCAAACGAGUCGCAGCCAGUCUGCACAACACACCUAUGGCCAACAGAAAGAGAAGCCGAUACAGCAGUGACUUAUGGUCCAUAAAGUAUUUGCACAGGUUCCAGUGGUGCCAUCUUAGCGAGCGACUGGCCUACGAACAGACCGUCUAUCACCAGCGUAUGAGGACAGAAAUCUCCCAGGCCAAGAAGGAGACAAACUUCUACCUGGCCAGUGUGGAGAAGAGCCAGAACUUUCAGAAACUGAGGAAGAAGAAGGAGAAGAAGGGAGAGGCUGUGGAGGAGAAGUCCUGGGACUUCAAACAGCGUCCUACAGAAGACGAGAUCCAGUUGAAACGUAUGAAGAGUAAAGGCAUGUCUAAAGCCAACCUCAGGAAGGCUCAGGAGAAGAGCAAAGCCAUCCAGGAGAAAUCCCAGUCCAAUGUGUCUCUCCUGGCAAAGAUCUUCAACAGUGGCAGGGCCCAGGAUUGAUGAGAACAAUAAAUGUGCUGUUAGUAGUCUUCUUUAUAUUUUUCAGUCUUGGAAUGGAUGUUUGUACUGUAUUUUUGCCACAGAACUGAUAUAAAUCGCAUGUAUUAACACGCUGAAAUCCCCCACCACAGCGGCUUAAUAAUAAACAGUGUACUGUUUUACAAUCUAA